AAAGCAGUUAGAAAAAGAACGGGAAUGCUGUUCAGGAAAUUCUUCAGGCAUGGGCAGGGACUUGGCUGCAAUUCUGCUGUUGGAAAAUCUGACAGGGGCAGCUCAUGAGCACAGGCAAGGCCUCGUACUGCUCUGAAAGCCGUGCUGCAUCUUCCCCCCAGCCUCCACAACCCUCUGGGUUUCCAUCUGCCCGUCGAGGAAGAGAUGCCUCAGGAACAGUACGCUCACCGGAGCACCAUGCAAACCUCUGAAGGACCCCAGGUAUACAAAGUGGGGAUUUAUGGCUGGAGGAAGAGAUGCCUCUAUUUCUUUGUGCUGCUCCUAAUGAUUUUAAUCCUGGUGAACCUUGCUAUGACCAUCUGGAUUCUGAAGGUUAUGAACUUCACAAUUGAUGGAAUGGGAAACCUGAGAAUCACAGAAAAGGGUCUAAAGCUCGAAGGAGAUUCAGAAUUCUUGAAACCUCUCUACGCCAAAGAAAUCCGGUCAAGACCAGGCAACCCACUGUAUUUCCAGUCUGCCAGAAAUGUGACAGUGAACAUCCUCAAUGAGAAGACUAAAGUCCUUACUCGCCUUGUAACAGGUCCCCAAGCAGUGGAAGCACACAGCCAAAAAUUUGAGGUGAAAACACUCUCUGGAAAAUUGCUGUUUUCUGCAGAUGACAACGAGGUGGUGGUUGGAGCAGAGAGAUUGAGAGUUUUAGGAGCAGAAGGCACAGUGUUCCCUAAAUCUAUAGAAACUCCCAAUGUCAGGGCAGACCCCUUCAAGGAACUAAGACUGGAGUCACCUACACGUGCACUGGUAAUGGAGGCUCCCAAAGGCAUCGAGAUCAAUGCCGAGGCUGGCAGCUUGAAAGCCACAUGCAGGACAGAGCUCAGGCUGGAAUCCAAAGAUGGAGAGAUAACGUUGAAUUCUGCAAAAAUCAAACUACCUAACUUGCCUCAAGGAUCUUCCUCUUCUGCAGGGUCCAGGCAAAAAAUCUACGAGCUCUGUGUGUGUCCCAAUGGGAGGUUAUUUCUGUCUCAGGCAGGCACUAGCUCGACCUGCCAGAUAAAUACAAGCGUCUGCCUUUGAGAGACAAUUUGCAGUGGGGCAUGGCAGGCAGCACAAAAGCCAGUUCUGGUAUCACAGAUUGCAGCUGCCAACUAUUUUUACUAGAACACAGAAAGCCUAUCAAAGACUUUUUUUGUGUGUGCGCGCGUGUGUGUGAAUAUAUAUAUAAAAUAUAUAUAUAAAAUAUAUAUAUAUCCUCUGUGUAAAAUGAUGUUUCAGUACAAGGAAUCCCAGGGUGACCCUGUUACAUUUGUGUAGCAUUUCUCUUUCCCACACCAAAAUUUACUGGUACAAUCUGCUGAAUUGGAUUUGAUGCUCCCCUGGACCCUUCUGUAUCAAUGCAGUCUAAUGAUCACCCCUUGUUUUUGAUCACAUUCUCAGAGCAAUGGAAUAGCUGGUUGGGCAAGACCCUGGAACUGAAGUAGACCCACCAACAUACAAAGGGAAGAGAAGCAUCUCUGAUUAUUUUUGCACCAUUAAAUCUGUGGCAUGAAAAACACCCAAAAAACACAUACCAAAUUAUCUAGAUGUCCUGUACUGGUCACCUCAAGUCGUCUCAGAUACCUGAUACACUCUUUAAUUUUCACCUGAACCAUGUUCUCCCACUGUGAGCAAUGGAUUGUGUUUGGCCAGAUCUUGCUGGAGUAGCUAUGUACUUUUCUGAAGGGACUUGAGACAGGCCUGUGCAUGGCUAAGGAUGCCAUGUGCUAUUCAGAUGUGACGAAUCAGCUCUAACCCUAAGCUAAAGUCGUCUCUGUGCUAACAAAACUGGUGGUGCUUUUAGUUCUUGUAAAGAAAAAUAAUUGUGAAAGUUGGACUAAGUAGAAAAAUCCUUAAGGUCCUUAGCAAAAGAUGUCCUGGAUCACUCCACCCACUGAUUUGGACAUUGCCUGUCAAUUCCUGCAGAAACAGAGGAAAUUACCUAUUCUACUCAAAGAAACAGAGACGUUCAUACCAAUUGAGUGUGUAAUAUAGGUGCUAUACCAGAAUUUUUAUCAUCUUUCUUUUCAGGAUAUACAGUCCAAUGUCACCUAGAUUUAGUGGAGACUGCAAAUAUCAGAGAUGCUGACAAUGAAGGGAAAUUUUUAGGGAUAUAAAGGGCUUUGGAUGUUGGUUUCUCUAGAUUUUGAACUCGAAAAACUCUGUGGUUGAAUCUUUUCAUUGUUGCACUUUUCCUUAAUUUAAAGUCUAGGAGUCAUUUAUGGGCAAGAUAAAACAGAAAUGUGAUCUGGUAACGUCACUUCCACUGUUCUCAUUUUGAAAAAUAGUGAGACCAGAUCAUUGAAUUCUGGACCGUAAUUUCAUCCACAUGCAUGGAAAAAUCCUUGACAAACAAAUACACUAAUUACUGCGAGAGUAUUCCAUUCACAGUCAGUCUCACGAGGACAGCAAGGUUUCUAAGCCACCGAGAUGCUUUUGAAAAUAUUACCUCAUGUGCAAAUAUGCCCAUCCCUAGCGAUAGCUAAGCAAAGCUCGUAUUGAUCUUCAAGAGAAAAAGUAGCUGACAGAAAUCUUUAAAAACAAGUCAGGCCAUUCCUUUUUUACAGAUUUCCACGUGUUUUCUUGUGGUCUGGAGAGUACCAGGGUUUGAUUUUUAUUUAUUUGGUUUUUAAUGAACAUUUCUGGCUUAACCCAAACUGUCUGAACUCAAAGGAAAGAUUCCUGUGUAGUUUAGAUUAGACGUGUUGCUGCCUAACAAAGCAGCAACCCCGUAAAAUUUAUUCCUGAAAGAGGAUUGAAUGAUCUACUUUUAUUUCAGUAAUGCUUUCUUAUUAAUUAACAAAUUCAAACUAUUUGUUCAUGAAUUAUGCCUGUAAUUAUUAUGUCUUGAGUCAACGUUUGAAUGCAAAGGGUCACCCAGGAUAACAAUUGUAUUGGGACACAGGACUAUACCAUCUCUGUUCAAAGAGGGAAAUCGUGCCUAUGCCUUAAGUCAAUGCACUCAGCAAGGAGAAGCACAUCAUAUUUAUCUUGUUAUUAAAACUAGUUUAUUUGGGGGGAGGGACACGAGGAUGUCUUGGGAACUGGUUGUGCUACUUAAAACAGAUAUUAAUGAAAUGCAUUAAGACUGUAGGGGCACCUAGAGUGAUAAAGACUUUUUUUUACCAUGUUAAAUAUAGCAAAAUACUGUGUACUUUACCUCUGGGACCACAACUGAAGUCCCAUUCGUAGUCCUGCAUUUACUGUUAGAAUUUUUUUCCCUGUUUCAUUUGACACCGAUCACAAACCUUACGGCACGCACGACCCACUUCAUAAACAAAUCCCAUGUGAAGGGUUGUGAAAUCACUUGCAGCAGAAAGAGUACCUUGUACAGAAAACAAGUUGCAUCAACUUUCCCAUCACUGAGAGCAUUGAUGCUCAUGAGAAAGGCAGGACUGGACACAGAGACUGACCCAGCAGGGAUGCUGCCUCCUCGUUUCCAUGCUCUGCUCCAAGGAGUCCAGCAGCUCAGUCCUCAUCCCCUGCAACCCUGUGGCUGCUCUGCUGAGAAUAUCCAUCCCAACAAAUUAAUUUUGAAUGGCUGAUCUUAUCAGCUGGGCUCUUGGAUGAGGUUAUCACCCUCUCAUACCAGGAAGGCCACGAAACUGCUUAAGGACAUUCAGCUCUUUGUUUUGGUAUGAAUUUAUACGGGGAGCUGUUAGGGAGAGACUUUAUACAUCUGUGCCAUGGCUGCAGAUGCCUCUCUGAGGUGGACAAAGGGUACCUUAAUUACAUCUACACAAAGGCAUUCUAAUUGCUUUUACAUAUUUUACAAUCACGUUUCCAUCUGAAAAAGCAUACAAUUUUGUGUUGUAUGAAAAGGUGAGGAAUUGCUGCUAAAAAGAUUGAGCCCAUAGCGAGACAUAAAUCAUUUGGGCCCCACUUGAGUUUUAAGGCAGCAGUUUAGAUGAUGCUGCCUGUGCUUGUGUUGGCCACAUGAUUAGUCUCCUGCUGUUCCCUGAGUGGCAAGAUGGAGUAAACAGACUGCGAGUCCGAGAUCCUGGGGGAAAAAAACGCAUCUUGUUUGAAAAAGCAGCUUGCAAACACAUGCAGCCAUCUCGCACUUCACAGUUUGUGCUUGGAGGCUGUUGUGGGGUGAUUCACUCACCUGUUGGACAAGGCGAAUACAUGAGAGUCCUUCUUCCUCUUGCCUUGCCCAGGAAUCCCUUACAGUUGCUGUAGCUGUAUGGGUGGGUUUUCCCCGAGUCUAUUUGAACUAGAGCCUCUUUGGCUGGAAUUUCAUCCACAUGCUCUACCUGCCAUCGAUAAAAUGCCAGAAAAUGAACACAAGUUUCUGUAUUUCUUUGUGAAUCAGGCCUGUGAUUUAGUUCAAUUGAGCAUUUGCUGUUUGGGGAGACGAUGUCUAUCUGAAACCAGAGUUAGGUUCUACCUUCCAACACUAAGGCAAGGCUGAGGUGGAUAGUGAAUUUGUUCCUACUGAGCUCAGUGGAAGAGAAGCUGAUGACUUCAUGACCUGAGCUGGGACAGGAGCUGGAUAGGUGACAAUUCAUGGCACGGAGGGCAGUGGAAACCCUGCCAACCCUUGAGGAGGCUGUGGGACAGAACCUUGACUCUGCACUGAGUGCAGGUCUGCAUUGCAGCUGUGAGCACUGAAACCCCAUUGAAAUGCUAAUCAAAAGACUGUGAUACUAAAUGACAAUAUACCUUAAGCAACCAUGAAUACUGCAGUAUUCAUAAAUGCAUUUCUGUAUGGUAACUUUUAACUUUAUAGGGCUUCGGGACACUUCAGUAAGAAGUCAGGAAAAUUACCAUCAAUGGUUACCUGUACACUCUAGUACCUUAUCUGUAUGUAGUAGAUGACUCUUCUGCUCUUACAGGCAAGUUAAGAUGUUUUUUCUAAAGCAAAAAUACUUUGCCAUUAGCAAAAGCAUAGAUCCUGACUAUAAAACUGAAUCUGUUCUCCACCUUUCUUUUUAAUUGGGGUUUUUUCCAUUUGUUGGAGUAUAUUACCAAGUAGUCAGCGAAAUGAGUAGCUUAAGAGUACAAAGAAAUCAUAGAAUGGUUUGGGUUGGAAAAGACUUUACAGAUCAUCUCAUUCCAACUCCUCUGCCUUGUGCAGGGACACCUUCCACUAGACCAUGUUGCUCCAAGCUCCAUCCAGCCUGGGCUCGAACGCUUCCAGGAAUGGGGCAUCCACAGCCUCUCUGGGCAACCUGUUCCAGUGCCUCACCACCCUCACAGGGCAGAACUUCUUUCUUACAUCUAAUCUAAAUCUACCCUCUAAUGUUAACACUAAAAUAAGUCAUCAAAAGGGGAAGCCAACCCAUAGGUAGGCCUCUCCUACCUAUUCAUUUUUAGAAAACUAGGUACGUGCAAGAGUGAUUUGUGUUUGGUUAUCUCAGUCAUGUGCUGUCAAAUAGCUGUAUUUUAAGAGGAUGGGGGGGGUUUCCUGAUUUAAUGAUAAAUAUCACAUUGUAUAAACAAAAAAGUUUAAGUCAUAAGCCUCAAAAUUAGCAUCUGCAAUGUACAGUAUAGCAAAAUGAUGCAUUUAUAAAGAGAAAACCCCCCCUAGCAAUUGCUCCAAGGUUAAAGAGAGAUUCCUGUGGGAUUUAUCAAGGUGUCAGCUUAGUUCACAUCAUACCUGGUUUACAAAUACAUAUGUUCUUAAAGGAGAUUAGCUUUUGUUGUCAUAAGAUGCACACAGACACACAAAGCUAUGUGUAUAUACACGUGUUGACAUACACACAUUUACAACAGAAGCCUGUUUUCUUUAUGGUUGUUAUGGCUUAAAGUUUCACAUUGAAAAAGAGAGUAAGACAAAGACCAAAGACUUACCACAAUUCCUUCCUUCUCUGAUUGCCCUCAUGCCUGAAAUGCAUUAACUUCAAUGGUGCUUUUUUUGAACUAGGCAGGAAAAACUUGUAAAGCUGCAUUUAAGAGUGUUGGGAAGACUCUAACUACUUUCAUGGGGAGAAAAGGAAACAAGGUGAGAAACGUUUAAAUGUGUGCAGAGGACAAAGUUACCUGGAAUUUGAAAUGUGAAGAAAUAACCCAGAAUGCUAAAAGACAUCACUCUGGGCUGAAAGUGUAAACUAACUGAGUAAGUGCUACUGGCUGGUCCCUUGCCUGCACUUGAACGUUAGCAGAUCAGGAGCUCAUUGGUGAAGAGUAACUGCCAUAUUGAUUUCAUUUUAAAACUAUGUACACUGAAAACAACAACAACAACAACAAGAAGUUAGGCUAUGCUCUUUUUUCUGCUCUUUUUUUUUUUUAAUGGCUGACAUUUUAAAUUGUGAAAUGUCACCAUCCAGAAUUCACCCCAGCAAGCACAGGGCACGCUCCUGGGAAGCUCUGCCAAGCUCUGGAUUGGUGCUGUUUGAAUGUGAAAAUACCAGCCUUUUAUUGCCAUUGCUGCUGAGGAGCACAAUCCUGGCAGCCUUUCUGUUUUCCCCUUUUUAACCUUUUUCCUCAGCUCUGAAAUUGCUGUGUAAUGUUUGGGUAGUUGGUAUCCCACUACACACCUGAAUCCCCAUCAUGUCCUUCUUGGUUUUGCAUACCCCCAGUAAUCAAAACCUCCAGGGGUUAGUGGCACUAAGGUGAAAUUGACAACUGCUGUGUUUUCACAGCUGAUGUAGCCAAGUAUAAAGCUGUGAUUGGAUCUGGGUUAAGCACUCACGUGGCACUGACGAGGUUGUUCAAGCAAGAAUGGAGUGAAUUAAACAAGGCAGGUAGGAGGGAAUGGGAAGAAAUGGUGAGAGACAUCACCCUAAUCACAGUAAUGCAGCAAACUUCUCUGUCUGUUUAUGCUUUUAUACUUUAUAUUAAUAACAUCCAUUUUACUAAACAUGGUAGCAAUUAUGCUCAAUCUUUCAUGGUGCACAGUGGAAUUACUGUCACUGAAACCACUUACAGCUUGGGAUGUUGAAGAUUGCUGGGGCGUUGUUUCCAUCCACAAUAACCACGAUGGCUUGGGGCUUAGAUGGAAAUUACAGUGAAUAGCUUGUAUUUAUAAAGCUUUUAAGUCUGCUGUGGUUGAGAAGCCCAUGGUUAUGCAUAUACAGCCCCAAGGCUUUGUCAUUUCAAACUCUCUCUUCCUGCCACUCUCGUAGUGUUGUGCCCUUGUGAAAAGUGACAUACUUUCUUUAUAAAGGAAAAGAUGGAUAUUUAAAGCUGCAAGAUUUUUAUCCAAAGCAAAGAAGAAGAUACAGUGCACUACCGAGACUUCUCAUCCAAGUCACUUUAAACUAGAGGUGCAAGUCCCUUCAAAAUUAAUUUGCUACAGGUGUAAUUCCAGCAGAAAAGUUGUCACUGGUGCCAGUGCUAAUCCCAGGAAAUGUCUCACCUUAUUACAGCUUAGAGCCAAGCAGUGGUUGGGAUUUUCUGACACCAGUUGGUAGCAAGGGGCUGCCUGUUCAGAGGAAGCCAGAUCUCCUCUGAGGAAAGGAGCAGCUCAUCUCCACGGACUGAGCUUUUGUUAGUUUUUAAACCAGUAUUACAAAUUUGGAAGGAUAUGUCCUCAGUGAAGCAGUAUAUAAUUGUAUGUUUGUCUCAUAUUUAGUUGAUGAUUUCAUCUUUUUUCCAGUAAGAGGAAACAUUUAUGCAAAACUUAUACAUUGUGCCCUACUACCUAAUGCUUUGGAUAAAAUCAUGCAGCCUUAGUUAAACCAUCUUUUCUUCUAACAUUAGAAAGGACUUUUUGGAGCCCUUCAUCAGAUCUUACCCAAGUAGAAACUCUCACCAUUUCCAAUCUAUUUGCCAUUAUAGGAACAGGCCUGUUGCAAAGCACAGGGCAUGUGCAUCUUUGCACGUAACAGGAACUUUGAAAUGCAUCAUAUUCUCACAGUUCUGCCCCAUCCAAAAGGCUUAAAGAGCCAAUAGGAGAUAAAGCAUUCUGAAGCUUGCUACUGCUAAAUGUGUUAACACUUUUUAAAGCAAUGUAGUUUUUUUUGGUCUUUGAAAAAUUUGCUUGUAAGAAAGUCCUUGAAACAUCUUGAGGCAGCCUCGUGCUGGAGAGCAAAAGAAUCGUUAUUUGUGGGUGGCUCUAUUUUUAUCGAGGGAUGGAUUGUAGUUGAAAAAAUGUUGCUGUUACAAGAUUCUCCCACACUUACUUAGCUGCAAACACCAUUCCCACCCCCCCUAACACUACAGCUAGAUUUAUCUAGCUGCAUUAGAGGAGGGAGUUAACUCCUUUGCUAAACCAGAGCCUGAUAAUUGUUUCUUCAUCAGGGUCUUCCUCUGGGCUUGUGCCCUCGGUAUCGGCGCUGGGAUUGAUGUAACGGAUAACAAAACACUUUGGCAGUAUUAAUGAUUUUACAGAUUAUAUGUAUUUGCAGUCUGGUGCAAAUAAUGCUGGUAGUUAUUGGUUGCUGUUCUGACAUUUGGCCACCAGGAAAGCAUCAGCAGUAAUUCUAGAAGGCAGGGGCAAGGAGCUCUUUGUCCUGGUAAUACCUGCACAGCAUCCAAGGGGAUGCCGUGGGGUGAUACCCAGUAGCUGCCUCCACUCAGGAGGCCCAUGGGCUGGGGCAGGCUCGUGGGUCACUUUGCUCUUUCUCAUUUAUCUCCAUCCCAUUGGAGGUCCUCUGCACUAGAAAUAACUGCAAGGCAUGAUGCCUGCCUUGGGAGCCUGGGCUGGAGCAGUGCAAUGAGGCCAUUGACAGCAUGAGGAUUUGAUGCUGUAGCUGAUGUAAAUCAGGAUGUGUCUCUGUUUAACUCACUGGUAACCUACACCACCUGAGGAUUUGGCCCUAAAGGUUUAGCACCUUUUGUGAAAUCAAAAGGAUGAGUCUGGCUGUCCAAACUCCAGCCAGGGUGCCCCUGGGGACAGCACAGGACACGGGGCUCCUCCUGCCUCUGGGGUUUCCUUAUCACAUGGAUGCAACUAAAGAGCUGUGGCACGUCUUCCCAUUGCGGCCAGCUUGAGCUGCUGCCUGAAAAUGGAGGCAUGGUCAUCCAAUUUCAUUUGUUGCCACCACCACAGAUCAUGCUGGAGUUCAGCUGAUGGUUUGAUGUGUAGUGCAUGAAGCAGGAGGCUCUGCAGGUCUUACUGGCAGGGCAGGGCUGCUCACAGGGCAGGUGCUGACAGAGGAAUCCACUUUCUUGACCCUUUUUGUGAGUUAUCAGAGCAAGCACAGAAAGCAAGAUGAACAAAUCCUGCCCUUGCUCAGUAGAGUGAGAGCUAGCCAGAAUCAUCAUAAAGAGCAGAUCUGAGCAAUUGUCAUAUACUGUGUUUAUUGAAGAAGGGCUCAGUUGACAGCAUUCACACCUGGAUUCCUCCCUAGGUCAGAGCUUUUCAUGAGCUCUUGGUCUGGAUCUGCACUAGUAGAAUUAGUUUCCUUGUGUGUGAAUGCCAGUAGAAUUGUCAGUAUUAACCCAACCAAUGCUCUGUGUAGGUAGAACCAACAGCAAAACAACAUUCAGUGCAAGUCAAAGCAAAACCCCAUUCAUCUACAGCAGUAGCAUAAAAGGCAUGACCCAUAUGCUGUAGCAGUUUUCAUCUGUGCUGGUACAAUAUCUUGUCUGACCUCUAAUGACCACCAAUGAUCUUGAUCAUGUAAACAGGACAAAAUGAAUUUAAGAAGUCUUAUCACAGUUCUCAUUAAGAAAUUCAGAUUGGUUUGGCUUUUUUUCUUUUUAAUUUAUGUAUGUGUGUGGUUGUGUGGGAAAAUAUAAAGCUUUUUUGUAUCAAAUAACAUCAAUCCUUGCACACUCUAUGCAAAAUUUUGUAAGCAUUGCAAUAAUGCUAUGAAUUACACA